AUGUCUUAUCCUCUAGAGACUCAAAAUAGUUUAUUCCAGCAGUCGCUCAAUACAAUUAGCUUGAUAGCUAGCUAUUUAAAAGUACCUAUAUAUCUAUCUUCGGGUAUUGCCGCUUUGCUUAGUACGACUCUGUAUCUCAAACAAAAAACUCUUAUUUACCCUUCAAAUGUUCCUAGUGAUGCUCGUUCCGAAGUAUUACGUCCCUCAAGAUACGAUUUACAUGAUUAUGAAGAGAUUCGCAUUCCCACAACCGACUCCGAAUCUCUUCAUGCAUUUUAUAUCCGAGCUCCCGACCGUUCACGCAUACCGAAAAAUAUCACGGUGAUAAUGUUCCAUGGAAAUGCAGGAAAUAUUGGACAUCGGCUUCCCAUCGCUAAGAUGCUAGUACAGAAUAUGGGAUAUCAUGUUCUAAUGGUAGAAUAUCGUGGAUACGGGCUCUCUACAGGAUCACCUGAUGAAGUGGGACUAAUGAAAGACGCUGAAGCAGCCUACUUAUACAUAAGACAGCGUGCAGAUCUAGUUUCGCAUAAUAUUAUAAUUUACGGACAAAGCAUAGGUGGAGCCGUCAGUAUUCAACUAACUGCCAAGUUUCAGGAUGAUAUACGAUUAAAUGGACUGAUACUAGAAAACACCUUCUUAAGCAUGAGAAAACUUAUUCCAAGUAUUAUACCAUCAGCCCGCUAUCUGACUCCUUUAUGUCACCAGAUUUGGGACACAGAGAACUUUAUACCGAAGAUAAGAAAAAUUCCUAUUCUUUUCUUGUCAGGGCUGAAGGAUGAAAUAGUUCCACCAAACCACAUGCGCCAACUAUAUGAAAUAAGUCAAGCGAUUAGUAAAGUUUGGAAACCGCUCCCUAACGGAGAUCAUAAUACAAGCGUGUUAGAAGAAGGAUACUUCGAGAGUAUAGAGAACUUUAUACAGAAUCUAGAACCCAGAACUAGGGAGCAACAUGACGAAGUCAAAAGUUGGGAGACGCAUUCUUAA